ACAUCUAGAGAUUUUUCAAAUCAAAGUCCCAUGGUGAAUGACGGAGAAGCUGAAGGAAUUUCAAAGAAACUCGUUGCUAAAAACAAGCAGAGAAAAGAAAAGAAACAAUUCGUCAAAGAUUCAACUGUAGAUGAUAAAACUCAAAAGGUAGUAACUUCAAGGGAGGAUAGCAAUUUAAGUGAUGCUGUGGAAUCAAGUAAAGAGUCGAGGAAGAAAGCUGGGGAAGAUUUGUACCGUUCUGGAAAAGUGAAACACAAUAUGAAAAAAGAAGCGUCUUUUGAGGAUACAUUAAAUCGAGGUGACCUACACAAAGAUAAAUCUGAGAAGGACAUGGCCAUUAAGAAGCAUGAAGAAGCCCCCGAGGAAUCAUCAUCAUUUUGGGGAAGUCUUAAAUCCUUGGCAGCUGGAGUCAUUAAAAUAUGGAGUAAUAAACGGUAAAAUCUAUCUUAUGGAAUAAUUAGAUGAGUAGUAAUCAGUGAUUUCAUUGUCUGUCUAUUUAUUCAUGUCAAGAAUUUGAGUACAGAUAGUUAGAUAUUAAUGGCAUGUCUACUUCUGC